UUUCGAAUUUGCCAGCUGUGAACUUUGGCUGUGAUUAUUAUUUCUCUGUAAGCAACAUGUGUGUUUAGUGUUCAGGUUUAGGGAUGAUUGUUUUUUUCUUCUUCACGUAUUCACUAACUGUUCAUUCUUGUUGUGAGUGAAGUAGAAGUCAUGAUGGCCCAUGUUGGGUAACUGUUGGGUAACUGACAACAGUGUGGAUAGCCUACCUUCUGUCGAUAGCUAGAUACGCUGUGCUUGCUUGCUUCCAUCAUUAUAACGCCACAUUGCGAGAAAAGUUUUCGUUAUGCUUAAUGAUACCGAUAUAGUGGUCAAGCGAUCGUCAAGAAAGAGGUCGAGGGAUGGUUUCAGGAGUAACUUAACACCAUCGAGGAAAAAAGCAAGUUCCACUGGUGGACAGUGCCAGCUCAUAGCUGCUAAGAUAAACGAGUACAUUGAAAUAACACCUGAAGGCAAGGCACCGGAGUAUUGUAGUGACAAUGAGGAUUUGUUCGGCGGCUACGACAGCAUCCUUGGAGACUCCUCCUUCUUGGCCAAGCUCGACGAUGCAGAAAAGCACAUGGGACAACUCAACGACAACUGUAAAAGGCAAAGCCUUGGCCAAGAUCAUAUGCCAAAACCUGCACCUUCAAAAACAGGCCCACACGGCAAUGUGGUGGAAGGCCUCACAGACUCAAUCCUAGUUGGCUGCUUGGAAGAUGACUCAUUUCAAGAUCUUCCCAGUUCACAAAUAGAAUUCCAGCAACAAGUGUGUGGUGUGAACGAGGUUGAUCAGUGCCAGUCUGUGGACGGCAGACACACAUCCACACCUCUCGUGCAAAUGACAAGGGAGGCGGGCACUACAGAUGGCAUCAACAGUGAAGAGGCGGCGAAGCGCGCACCCAAAGCCAGGAGGAGUAUGGCGAAUGCCAUCAAGAUGGCUAUGCUUGGGAACGCAGCCACGUCAUCCUCCUGUGCAGCAAAAAUGGCUCAACAGCAGAAGGACAUGGUGGUGACUGAGGAGAUAAGCAUCGCCGUGCAAACCAUUCAGGCGGUUGCCACGGAAACUGACUUGGGACCUUUCUUUGGCCUACCCUCAAAAGUCAAAGACCUCAUUGGAAGGCUGAGGGGAAUUGAUGAUUUGUAUGAGUGGCAAAAGACGUGCUUGACUCUGGAGAGUGUGGAGCAGAGGAGGAAUCUGAUUUACUCCCUGCCUACCAGCGGUGGCAAAACACUUGUGGCAGAGAUUCUCAUUUUCAAGGAGAUCAUGUGCAGAAAAAAGGAUGCUGUUUUCAUCUUGCCAUACGUGUCACUAGUGCAGGAAAAGGUGCGAGGCUUGGCUAGUUUUGGUCUUGAGCUGGACUUUCUGGUAGAGGAAUAUGCCGGCAGCAAAGGCAAGUUUCCUCCCAUCAAAAGAAGACACAAAAACUCUUUGUACAUCACAACCAUUGAGAAAGGCCACAGCUUGGUUAACUCCUUGAUCGAGACGUCUCGGCUAGACGGUGUCGGUCUGGUGGUGGUGGACGAGCUUCACAUGCUUGGAGAUGGAAGCAGGGGAGCGGUUCUUGAGAUGACUUUGGCUAAAGUUUUGCACGUCAGCCCAUCAACUCAAAUCAUUGGAAUGAGUGCGACACUCGGGAACGUUGGCGAUCUGCAGGGGUUCCUGAAGGCUGAGAAUUAUACCAAUGACUUCAGGCCUGUCCAGUUAAUUGAAUAUGUGAAGUUGAAAGACUCUAUAUACGAAGUCGAUUCAAGAGAAGAACACUGUCUGAGAUUCUCCCGUCUUCUGAACUACAAGUAUUCCAACAGCUUGAAGAAAAUGGACCCAGACCACAUUGUUGCCUUGGUAACUGAAGUGAUUCCAUCACAGUCCUGUUUGGUCUUCUGCCCUACCAAGAAGAACUGUGAGAACUUGGCUGGGAUGAUAUGCAAAUACUUGGCAAGAGCCUUCCUGCAGCAUAAAGAGGCGGAGAAGGCCACUCUGCUGAAGGAGCUGCGGGACUGCGGUAACGGGGCCAUCUGUCCCGUCCUGAAGCACACGGUGCCCUACGGCCUGGCCUACCACCACAGCGGCCUGACCAGCGACGAGCGCAGGCUGGUGGAGGAGGCCUACUCAGCCGGGGUGCUCUGCCUGCUCACCUGCACCUCCACGCUGGCCGCCGGCAUCAACCUACCUGCGCGCAGGGUGGUUCUGCGCUCGCCGUACAUAGCUGCUGACUUCCUGAAGAGGAGCCAGUACAAGCAGAUGGUGGGCCGAGCGGGCCGAGCCGGCAUCGACUCCAUGGGGGAGAGCAUCUUGGUCCUGCAGGACAAGGACAGGCCCAUGGCUGAGAAGCUGCUGUCUGCUCCGAUGGAGAAGUGCUACAGCAAUCUACUCCACGACGGCGGCAAAGGGCUCCUUAGUCUCAUACUGUCUCUCAUUGGCCUGAAUGUAGCACAGACUCUGGAUCAGUUGAGGGUGUUCCUGUCAGCCACUCUGCUGGGUGUGCAGCAGGCCCACGUCUGUCCUGAGCGCAGCUUAGCGGACAUGGCAGCCUGCUCGGUGGAGACGCUCCGGGAGAAAGGCCUCAUCACCUUCUCAGCUGAGGACGCUGACAGCUCGCUUCUUCUCAUUACCAAGCUGGGACGUGCCAGCUACAAAGGCUCAGUGGAUCUGACCUACAGCAGUGUGUUGUACCGAGACCUGUCAAAGGGCCUGGAGGGACUGUUGCUGAACAGCUUCCUGCACUUGGUCUAUCUGGUGACCCCCUACGAUAUGGUCAGCCAAUGCAAGCCUGACUGGAUGAUCUAUUUUCGGCAGUUCACAAUGUUGACCGUGUCGGAGCAGAGGAUCUGUGCAGUGAUUGGCGUGCCCGAGAGCUUCGUGGCGAGGAAGGCUGCCGGACAGACUGUAAAGAAGUCUCAGGCGGUGGACCCGGAGGUGGCGUCCCGGUUGUACCUGGCGCUGGUGCUGCAUGCUCUGCUGCGGGAGACGGACCUGUGGGCCGUGGCCGAGCGCUUCCAGCUGACCCGCGGCUUCCUCCAGACCCUGCUCAACUCCUCCUCCGCGUUCUGCUCCUGCGUGCUGCACUUCUCCGAGGAGCUGGAGGAGUUCUGGCCGUACAAGGCCCUUCUCCUGGAGCUGACCCGUAGGCUCACCUACUGUGUGCAGGCCGAGCUCAUCCCCCUGAUGGAAGUGACCGGGGUCAUGGAGGCUCGAGCCAAGCAGCUCUUCAGUGCCGGCUACAAGAGCCUGGCCCACCUCGCCAAUGCAGAGCCCAGAGAUAUGGCUCAGGCCAUAGAGAACCUCUCAAAGCGUCAGGCCAAUCAAAUAGUGGCCUCAGCAAAAAUGUUGCUCCAGGAAAAAGCUGAAGCCUUACAAGAGGAAGUGGAUGACUUGCUGACAAAACCCACUGAUCUUCCCUCAGUGGGUAGCUAGAUGUAAAAAUGUAAAAGAUUUAAGAGAAUAUCUGUAUUUUAUAUGGUGUGCCUAUUAAUGAUUAAAAAAAACAACGGAAUAAAAUGAAAACGGAAGCUGUUGUAAU